AUGAGCGGCGCCGCGACGACAAGCAAUGUAGAUCAACUCGACGCUGAGCAACUCAUCGCGGAAUGCGUUCAAUCGUUUUACGUUGAUGAGAAUGGCGAGGUUGGGGAUAUCGACUUUGCGAAUUCGUUGUUUCUCAGCCAUCAAUGGCUCAGUGAUAGUUUAACACUAAUCACUCAAUUUGUCACAUUUUAUCAGGAAAACCGUGAGAUUCGUGUUAGGGAGGCAGUAUGUCGUGCAGUUGCCUAUUGGAUUCAAAAGUUUCCAAUGCAUUUUGAUGCUCAGCCGCAAGUGUGUGCACAGGUUGUGCGUCUUCGAACAAUCGCCGAAAAUGUGAAUGAAACGAUUCGCAAUGGACUCGACGUGAGCUCAUUGCCCUCGUUUGCUUGGCUCCGUGCAAUUUCCGUGAGAAACCCGCUCAACAAACAGACGGCGUUUUCGUUGUCAUUCGUUCAAGCUUCGGCUUCUGACAUCUCGACGGCGUUAUCACACAUCGAUUAUCGUGUUUUGAGCCGGAUAUCAAUCACCGAACUCAAGCAAUAUGUGAAAGAUGGAAAUUUGAAGAAUUGCCCAAUGCUUGAAAGAAGCAUAUCAGUGUUUAAUAAUUUGUCCAAUUGGGUUCAGUGUAUGAUUCUGAAUAAAACAACACCAAAAGAAAGGGCCGAGAUUCUCGUGAAGUUUGUCCAUGUCGCCAAGCAUCUGCGAAAAAUUAACAACUUCAAUACGCUGAUGUCGGUGGUCGGCGGAAUCACUCAUUCAUCGGUGGCUCGUCUCGCCAAGACGCACGCGGUUCUUCCGAACGACAUCCGAAAAGACUUGACCCAGUUGACAUGUCUGUUGUCGACGGCUCACAACUUUGCCGAAUAUCGAAAAGCAUUGGCGCAAUGCCAUAAGAAAUUCCGUAUCCCAAUAAUAGGAGUUCACUUGAAGGAUCUCGUCGCGAUUAAUUGCAGUGGUGCGAAUUUCGAGAAGACCAAGAGUAUCAGCAAAGAAAAGUUGAUCAAGCUGUCGGAAUUGCUCGCCAAUUUUUUGGUAUUCAAUCAAAAGCCACACAAUUUGCCGGACAUGAAUGUGGAUUUGAUUAAUACUUUGAAGGUAUCUUUGGAUAUGUGCUAUAAUGAUGAUGAUAUUUACGAGUUGUCACUUCGCCGUGAGCCCAAGACAUUCAUGACGUUCGAGCCGUCACGCGGCGUCGUGUUCGCCGAAUGGGCUUCCGGGGUGACGGUGGCGCCGGACUCGGCGACGGUUUCCAAGCACAUCGCGGCAAUGGUCGACGCGGUGUUCAAACACUACGAUCAUGAUCGCGACGGGUUCAUCUCGCAGGACGAGUUUCGACAAAUCGCCGGCAAUUUUCCGUUCAUUGAGUCUUUCGUGAAUAUUGAUUCGGAUCGAGACGGGCAAAUAUCGAAAUCCGAGCUUGAAACGUACUUCAUCGCCGCUAACAAGGAAUCGAAAGAUUUGCGGCGCGGAUUCAAGCACAAUUUCCAUGAGACCACAUUUCUCGCGCCGACAACAUGUAGUCAUUGUAAUAAAGUGUUGUGGGGCUUCAUUCGGCAAGGUUUCAAAUGCAAAGAUUGCGGCCUUGCAGUUCACAGCUAUUGCAAGCUGAAUGCUGUGGCGGAAUGUCGACGGAAGAAUGGAAAUAAUUUGACACGAGCGGCUGAAUGGCUCUCAAGCCCUCGUGGAAGUGUCAAGAAUAAAUUGUUCAGCGCAUGCAACGGCGGCUCGAAUCGGCGAGCUUCUCGCGGUCGAACCGUCUCGUCGAUUUCGACGAACGACGCAAUGGAGAACUCGGAGCCGGCGACGUGCUCGGCGCGCCUUCAUCUACCGCAAAUUCGCGACGCUCGAACACAAUCCGAAUCGGCUGAUUGCUACAAAUCAUCGCCUGAGUUGACUCCCGAUGAGGAGAUCGGACUUGUCAGUUUGGCGUGCGAGGAGGUGUUCGAUGAAGACAUUGGCGAGCUUCCGACUGACACUUGA